AUGACUAAAAGAAUUAUCCAUACGACGAAAGAUGCAACAGAACAACAAAAAGAUCUCAAGAAAUUAAAAGACAUUUUUAUUAAUUCUAAUUAUCCAAUUAAAGAAAUUGACAGACUUAUGACAGAAGCAUGUAAUAUAUCAAAUACAAAUAAUUCUUCAACAACCAACACUAAUGAUUUUAAAUUUAGCAUUAGUUUACCAUAUGUUCCUGGAAUUGAAGUCCUUAAAAGAAGAUUAGAAAAAUUAAAAAUUAAACUGUACUUUUCUUAUCCACAAAAGAUACAAUCAUAUGUAAAUCGAUCAAUGAAAGUACCAUCAAAAUCUGUAGUUUAUCAAUUUCAAUGUGAGUGUAAUCCACCAAAAAUUUAUAAUGGUGAAACGAAAGUUGGUAUAAAAAAGCGAAUGCACCAACAUUUUCAACUGAUUAACAAACUUGAUAAUAAAUCAGAAAUGGUUCAACAGAUUGAAGAAACACUUAAUCAAUGUUUAUUUAAUACUGAACAAGUAUUUAUAGUUGAACAAGAAAAGAGCUGGAAUAAAAGGCGAAUAAAAGAAACAAUUUAUUCAUUAAUAAAUGACUCAAUUAAUAAACAUGAUCGUCUUAGUGAAGCUUGGGAUCCAAUUCUUUUCAAAGUGAAACAACAAAUUCAUAGAAAAAUCCAAUAA